ACUGAAGGAGAGCCGCACUGCACACUGAAAAAGCCUGGACAGGGCGAGGCGGCGUUUCCAGUGUGGCCCGCAUCCAUCAUCGCUAUGGGAAUUACCACAGCGUUCUUUCUGAACCAAGCCCUGAUCCCGUACUAUCUGAAACCGGUCCACCUGGAGGCACGGACUAUAAAACACUGCAGUUGAGAUUGUCGCUGCACCAGAGCCCGGCUCAGCUUAUCUCCUCCAGUAAACUGAGGAGGAGAUUGAUGAUGAUGAUGAUGAUGAUGAUGAUGAUGAUGAGUAACAUUUAAAGAUGAGAAGUGUUUCUCUAGUAAACAACUUGAACUAGGACAUUUGCUCGACCCUCAUCUUGUAUUUUGUAAAUCAGGACGAUGUCUGCCAUGUAUGUGUCCGCAGUGCUCUUAUGUACAGUGGUGGUUGACAUCUCAGCCCGGGUUUUGACCACAUCCAGCCCAGCUGACCGAUCCCUCCUCUCUCCCCGCCACUAUCAGCACACCGACCCCGACUCGGGCACCCAGCUGGUCUGUGACAAGUGCCCUGCAGGGACCCAUGUGUCCGUCCACUGCUCCCCAACAGCUGUUAGGGAGUGCAGCCGCUGCCCUGAAGGCACCUUUACAAGGGGCGAGAAUGGGCUGCAGAAAUGCCAUCCCUGUCGGGUUCCGUGUCCUGCAGGCUUCAUUGAGAAAGUGAUCUGCACUCCCAUCCAGGACCGAGUCUGCACAUGUCCCACCAACAGCUUUUUGUUUGGGCAUGGUGACACAGAGUGUAAGCCCCAUUCGCUGUGUCCACCAGGGACCAGGGUUAAAAGACGGGGCAGUGAAACAGACGACGUGCUCUGUAGGCCGUGCACCAAGGGGACUUUCUCAGAUAUGGAGUCGAGUGUGGUGAAGUGCCGAACUCACACAGACUGUCAAGCUCAGGGACUGGUGCAGCUCACACCAGGGACUAAAGAGACAGAUAACGUCUGUGGACCCCCUUCUACCUCUUCAUCUGCGCCUGUCUCCACAACCACCCUACUGGGGCCUGCACAGGCUGUGCUUGCAGAGGACCCUUCUUCAUCAACUCCUCCAUCAUCACUAAGUGGACCUGCACAUAAAGGCACCUACAGUCAGUCAGCAGCCAUUCAACUAAGGAGAAACCCGGGUAGGGAAGACCACCAUGCAGAGGGGCUACUCCUCAACUGGCCUGGCGCUCCAAUCCCACAAAAUCGUGAUCCUCCGCGGAUUCCACCGCUUCCAGCUCACAAGCAUCUCUUAGAACUUAAGCCCGAGCCCGGGCAACCCAAUUCUGACCCUGUGACAGGCCCCAACAAGAGGGGGAUGGAGGAUCUGGAGGGUGCAGAAGUAGUCAGGGUAGGGCUGGGUAUCAGCAAGGUAGCCGGACAGGGGAGCGGAGGUGGUGGAAGUGGGGUCUCCAGCUACUACAGGCCCACUCGCAGGGGAUCUCCAAGGCCAAGCACACAUGAUCACUUUGACAUCAACGAGCACCUCCCCUGGAUGAUAGUGCUGCUGCUCCUGCUGGUGCUGGUGGUGAUCGUGAUCUGCAGCGUGAAGCGAAGCUCUCACGUGCUGAAGAAGGGCCCCAUGCAGGACCCUAGCAGCAUCAUUGAGAAGGCAAUUCAGAAAAAAACAUCUGUGCCUCGAUCGCAGGUCAAAGAAAAGUGGAUCUACUACUCCAAUGGACAAGGGGUGGAUAUCCUAAAACUGGUGGCGGCCCAGGUCGGCACUCAAUGGAUAGACAUCUAUCAGUCGCUGGCGAACGCCACGGAGAGGGAGGUGGCCGCCUUCUCCAAUGGCUACUUGUCCGAUCACGAGCGGGCAUACGCAGCGCUGCAGCACUGGACCAUCCGGGACAGCGACGCCAACCUGGCCAAGCUGAUAAACGCAUUGCACCGACAGCGCCGCAUCGACGUGGUAGAGAAGAUCCGCUGUGUCAUGGAGGACAACCCACAGUUUGACAUCAACCAGCUGAUGACCUCAGUGAAUGUAAGCCAAAGCCUCAGUCCCGUCCACAAGCCGCUCGAGUCUCCCUGCAGCGUCGGCAGCAACAGCAACGGUGGUGGUAGUGUGGGCGGGGCCAGCGGCGUGGGCCUGGAGCAGUCGCCGGUGGACCGCAUCAAAGGCUUUUUCCCCGACGAAUCGGAGCCCCUGCUGCGCUGUGACUCCACCUCCAGUAAAGACUCCGCCCUGAGCAGGAACGGCUCCUUCAUUACCAAAGAGAAGAAAGACACUGUUCUGCGGCAGGUGCGUCUAGAUUCCUGCGACCUGCAGCCUAUCUUUGACGACAUGCUGCACAUCCUCAACCCAGAGGAGUUGCACAUCAUUGAGGAGAUCCCAGCUGCUGAGGACAAGCUGGACCAGUUGUUUGAGAUCGCGGGAGUCAAGAGUCAGGAGGCCAGCCAGACGCUGCUAGACUCGGUCUACAGUCACCUCCCUGACCUGUUAUAGUGGAGGAGGGAGGUAGAAACCACACAGAUGAGACAUGGCACAGGAAUUAAAAAAGGUGGCUCAGUAGGAGGGAUGACCCAGAUCUGGUGUGAAUUUUGAAAGUCUGACUUGCCAUGUCACAUUGUCACAUGAUUUGAGCUGGGUGUUGAAGUGGUUAUCUACUCCCUCCAAUGACUCAAAUCUUUGCUGGUACUUUAAUCCUCUUUACCCUCCAAUCUUCUUCAAUUGUCUUGUGUGUCUACCAUGAUACAGUACCAUUAUACUUAAUGAGCGUCGAGCUCAAUGUAAUUCAAGUGUCACACAAGGGAGUACUUUCUUCAUUUUUCUUAAGUAUAAGCCUUGUUAAAGGUGAUAUUAUCAGAGUAUUGUGACCUUAACAAUGAGGCUCAAGAGCCUCCAAACAUAGAAAAAGCUGGUUUGAAGAAGCUGACUACGUGGAAAAACAUAAAAAGCACUUUCUUUACCUUAACUGGCCAAUGCCUUCACUUUUAAAGGUCAAUUCUGGGGUUUUUGUCAGUUGUACAAAUCAUCCAGGCUUCUCUUGCCUUUAACAUGAUUUCAGUGUUUGAAUUUCUAAUUUACCAUGGUGGUUGUUGCUAAAUGAUUGCAUAAAAGGAAACUACACACAGACAAUAGUACAUAAGCUAUAACUAUAAAUGACACUGGUAUUAUUCUUAGGGUUUUAAAGUUUCUUGGAAACCACAUUCACAGAUAUAUUGCCCAGGUAUGAAUUGAUCUAUAAGUCAUGUGCCUAAGCUGGUCCCUUUUCUCAGCCCUUAAUUUUUUCUAUCCACCCCCUCUAAUUGCCUAUACCUGGAGCAGAUCAUCUGUGGGUUUUAUAAUUUUACUGGAUUAGACAUCAAAAUAAUGGAAUAUUACAAUACUGGAAUACCAUUAACCUAAUCUAAUAAUAUGAUAUGUGGCUUUACCUUCGAACUGUUGUUGUACAAAGGCUCCAAAACUAAAAAUGAACUGGACAGGAAGGGUGCAGUGUUUACUGCCCCUUGCCUGCUUCUCUGGAACCAAAGCCAUAUAUCUAAAAUGUUUUAGAUACGUCGCUUUGGAAGCUCGGUCACUGAUGGACUCAAGGACAGUAAGGAAUGAAAACUUCUACCAGUACACGCACAUUCAGAUUUCUGCUAGCUAGCCCUGUUUGCCUCAACAAAUGUAGCGUUGAUAAAGUGUUCUUGAUACAUUUUGGAGCUUCAUGUGUGGAUGUCUGAGUGUUUCAGUGCUAUAGUAAAAGUAAUAGAAUACAAGUGAUUUUUUUAUGCAGUGGUAUGUCGCUACAUGCUCUAUGAAGUUGAUUAAAUGUAGUAAUGAUGCACUAAUUCUAUUUCUAUUGAAGAGGCAGACAUGUAUUUUCCUUGUCCUUCAUUUUCUGUUUCUUUUAUUCUGAAACGCUCUUCACUAACAUUUGGUUUUGUUGUCUUUUUUUCCACAUUUAGUUUGAUUUAUUAUGUUAUUGUAGCAUCUCUUUGUUAUCAUUUAUACUUCUUUGUAUCUCGUGUUUAUGGGCAUUCAAAUGUAUUCACCCCUGCUUGGCGUGACAAGAUGACCUGGCUGGGAUGUAAGAUAUGCAUACUCCAUACUCUACUUGAAGUCUAAUUGUGUUACUUGAUUUAAAUGAGGAAGAAAUCAUUUACACUCCAAGUUCAAUGUUCUUAAAAUAAUAAUAAAACUGAAAAGCACCACCAAAAAAAAAACUCAUCAACGUUGGGAGAUGAUUUUGCAGGCGCCAUGAGAGCAGCAAAUGAUGGACUCUGUUUUCACCAAGCCAGUUACUAUCAAAGUUCCUUUGGUGCUAGAUGUGAACUCUCACCGGUUGGCCUGACACAGGGGUUCUUAACCCUGGACUAAUGACUAUUUCAAGUAUUCCAGACUGAGUGAAGAAGAUUAAAGGGUGUGCUGCUGUGGACUGUGGGAUGUUGACAAUGAUGAGGAUGGUGAUGAUGAGAAUCAGAAUGUGUGAGCUCGCUCUCUCCACAACGCUGUGGAGACACAAACUGCAGGGUGUGAGUUUAUUUUCUAAGGAAGUCUGACAGGAUGAAGGUGAGAUAUGAAACGCACAUGUGGUUCGAGUGGAUGAUUUUAUCACAAUUUACCUGUGUAACCAGUAUGUUUACUACUAUGUAACCUCUUAAAAUCAACCAAUUAAAGCUCAAAGCAUUUGUCAUAA